AUGGAAAACAGGUUUCUUUUACUCUUCCUAUUAAUUUCCAUCACUACUGGUCUGGAAUUGGUAUGGGAGGACAACUUCGACACCUUCGAUUAUUCGAAAUGGGGUUUCGACCAGGGUGGAAAUGGCUGGGGAAAUAAGGAAUUGGAGUAUUAUACGAAUAGGACGGAGAAUGCGCGAGUUGAAAAUGGAAAUUUGGUGAUUGAAGUGCACCGUGAGGACUUUUUGAACCGAAGUUUUACUUCGGCAAGACUUACGAGUAAAUUCAAUUUCAAGUAAGCCGUUUUUUAGCUAACUUUCCCCUACCAAGUCACAAAACAUCAGCCCAAACACUUGCAGGGCUUUCCAAAAUUUCCAUUUCAGCCACAAUUUCUUGAGCUGAAGCUAGGACUAACCUCAAGUUAGGCUAUAUAUAGCAACUAACCUAAUCUUCCAAGAUCCUUCAAGGAGAUCCUCAGGAACUUAUAAAAUGGGGUAGCACAAAAAUUUUCUCUGUCUUCUUUUCGCCACUCUCUUUUUCGCGCUCUCUCUUACUUCCUCUUCUCUUUCCCGAAUAGCCGAUUGGAAGAAGGGCAUGUCGUCCGAUCUGGCAAGUUAAGCAACGCGCUUGACUAGUUGCGAGUUCGAAUCCGACCCAAUAGAUAUUAGUAAAAUAAGUGUUAUGCGUGCGUAAAACACUAGGAAAGCGUGUAAAAAUAGUGGCUAAAGUAAAAAAAGAUAUUUCAGCCGAAAUUUUUUUUAACAUAAAGUGCAUUUUUCGAGAUUUUCCAAAGUUUUUUGUCAAAAUCAAUCGAUUUUCAUUUCAGAUAUGGUGUGUUUGAGGCCCGAAUCAAGCUCCCAAACAUGACCAACGGUUUAUGGCCGGCGUUCUGGAUGAAAGGCUCGGAACGUCCGGAUUGGCCCGCUCGAGGCGAGAUCGACAUUUUCGAGGCGGGUUCGGCGAGCGCAAUUCACGGUGGGCGCGCGAAUUUUCGAUUUGAUUGCAACUUUCAUUGGGCCGUAGAUGGCCAUCAUACUUCACACGGCCAACCUUAUUACCCAAAAAUUGACAUGAGUUUGGAUUUUAAUGUCUGGAGAGUCGAAUGGAACAAUACCGCUUUCAAAAUGUUGUUCAAUAACAAGGAAUACAUGUGGUUUGACAUCGGCGGGCUUCCGACAUUCCAGAAAAAUUUCUUCUUCCUUUUGAACGUUGCGGUUGGCGGAACUUAUCCCAAUAUUCAAGACCCAAACCAAAUCACGGCACCAUUGCCAGCUCGAAUGCUGGUCGAUUAUGUCAGAGUUUACCAAUAAAGAGAUUCAAACAACCACCAAAUCAUACCAUUCUUUCAAUAUUAGUCCAGCGUCGCCAGACAAUACAAAAAUUACCUUACAGCCACACUUGCAUGGGCUGAAGCUAGAACCAACCUCAAAUAGGGCUAAAUUUAGCAACGGAACGCUGAAUCCUAUGCCUUUCAUGGAAAUCCUCAAGAAGUUUUAAAAUGGGGUAAAACCAAAAAUUUCUCUGUCUUCUCUUCGCCUCCCUCGGUUUUUCGCGCUCUCUCCUUGCUUCUUUUCCUCUCUAUCCCGAAUAGCGGAUUGGAAGAAUGGCAUGUAGUCCGAUCUGGCAACUCAAGCAACAGUCUGAUCAGUCGCGGGUUCGAUUCCGACAAAUGAAAAUAAGGAAAACAAUGAAAAUCUAUCUCGUAUUUUACAAAAAAAUAUAUUUUUUCAAUAGAAUAAACUUUUCCUUUAUGAAUUUUUACUAUUGUGGCCGGAACAGCCGUAUUUUCUACUACUUUAUCCAAGUUGAGCUCUCGCUCCCACCAGCUUUCAUCGUAUAAAACGUCGCAUCAUAAUUUUUUUCCGUCUCUCGGGAAGUGCUCUCUUUUGUCGUGCUAAACAAAUUCCCAACUGAUAUCCUGCAUGUUCUUGUGAAAAUUUUUUAUCAGAAAGCAUUGUUAUUGAUCUUGCAAUUGUUAUCAAUCUUGCGGUAAGUGUUUCUCAUGUGAAUUUCAUCUAAAACAAGAUAAUUUAUUUCGUUAGGUGGAGCACAAGGUAAACUGUUUUGAUUUCUCGGUCCAUUUCGGGUUUGUUUUGCUAAUUAGACACUGUUUUUUUUAUUUUAGAGAUCAUUCUGUAUUGAACAUGCUUGGAAAUGUUUGGGAUCGAUUGGAGAACGUGAAACGGACGCUCAAGAGUCUGGAUCCGCACCUCCUCCUCUCCUUCAUUUUUCACAUUUUUGGUGUUGCCUUUCUGAGCUUCUUCACACCACUUUUCAUUCGGUUUUUGUUCGCCUACAAUGUUGUUGACCAAACCGAACCACUGGACUUUGUUUUUGAGACGUGUACGAAGGAGUAUUAUGGAGUAUGCUCGUUUCCGGAAGCACGAUUAAGCUUGGCCGAAGUAAGUGUUUUUCUUGUUUUCUUUGUUUUGUUUUUAGAUUCGGUCAGUUUGAGCUUUUUUCGCUGAUUCAUCUCUAUGUUAUGGAUAAGGUUGGAAAAAUGAAUGUUUUAUAAAAACUAGUGGCUGAAACUUUACGAAACUUGGAAAAUAGCGAGAAUAUGUGUUACAUGAGCUAACAGAAAUAUAAUUUCAGAAGGAUAUUCGUUUUUCUGCCGGCUCUGCAUAUUGGUUUACAUUGGACUUGGAGCUCAUCGAAACCGACAGUUUACUCGAUAGCAGGGUGUUCCUGACUCAAGUUGAGAUUAAAGACCACGAGCAGAAGACUCUGAGUACCGCUCAGCGCACUGUUAAUCUUCAAUACUCCUUUUUCUACCGAUGGUUUAUCAGAGUAAGUAAUUUUGUUAUUAGUUUAUGUGUUUAGAUCCGGAAUCUGAUGUUUUUCCCACUCUACUUGAUUGGAAUGCUCUCUUCCUCAUCGCCAACCGAAUUUCACAUUCAUUUCCCGAAGCCAUUUCAGUCCAGAUUGAAUGAAACUGCAGCAUUUUUGGUAGUUCAGAUUCAAAAUCGGCUUGCUCAGGUGGGCAGUGUAAUAUAGCUGAUAUUUCGGGCCAUUUCGAGAAUAUUUGUUCGAAAUUCGGCUUGUGGAAAGUUGAUAACCUCUAGUGUAAUAUAGCAAAAGCUUUUGUUUUCAGGUCAAAUGGGCCGAGCUGCACAUCGAAGCCAAUACAUCUUACUUUACCUACUUCCUGCAUUAUUAUCCAUUCAUUUCCUUCGCAUUCCUGGCCAUGAUCUCCGCGACAAUCUUCUCAAUUCUCAUGGGACUGUACUGGACAAAAGUUGGCUUUGAAGUUUAUAGCGAAGCUUCAAAAGUGGAGCCAGAGGAUCCACAUUUCUCAAAGCCUCUAAAUAUCAAGAAGAAAUUGGGAUACGAUGAAAACUAUGAAUUUGACGGUCGAAAAUUGCAAGAAAAGAUCCGGGAUCUGCGGCCUGAUGACAUUCCCGAAUGUCCCCAGCUGAAUGGCGUCUUCGGUUGGGAUGUGAAGCCGACUGGCGGACAGAAAAUUGGAUUCGAUGAGAAUUAG